AUGCUUUCAAGCCACACGCCUUCUUCAGAGAUUUCAAGAUUUGCCAUUUCAGUGCAACUAAAUCCACCAGGAGCGUUAUCUCUUUCUGCUCAAAUGUCUGCAACUUAUGGAAUCACAUGUGUGUUUGUUGGCUUGGCAUUGUUCACUGCAACAAACGCUUUACGUGGGGCUUUAUUCAGAACAGGAAAAAGUUUCUGGUCAUCCGGCAAAUAUGAUCCCUACACCAAUUUGUUCGAACUCGGCAAAUCGCUUAAAGCUAUUGACCUAAUGGAUAACGGAAAUCGGAAUGCUAUAUCAACUAAUCGCGAUGCCAAGAAAACAAUUUACCUGCAAUAG